AGCUAAAUUUCUCACAACUAAAAAUCCCUACUCUCUUUGUUUUAAGAUGGGCCUAAAAGGCAAGUUACUUCGCCAGAUAGAGAUCAGUUUUCAUGGAGAUGUUUUUCAUGAAAUCUAUAGAGACAGACCACAUCAUGUGCCUUCCAUGUGCCCAAUUGUUGUUGGAGUUGAAGGCCAGUGGGGAACUGUGGGCUCUAUUAUCAUCUGGAAAUUUACCCAUGAUGGGGAAACCAAGACUGCCUCGGAAGUUAUUGAGUCCAUAGAUGAUGAGAAGAAAAUGAUGAAAUUCAGAGUGAUUGGAGGUGACGACGUCUUAGAAUACUAUAAGAGCUUCAUUAUAACAUAUCAAGUUGAUACAAAUAGUGAUGGCAAUUUUGUGAGUUGGAGUAUCGAAUAUGAAAAACUGAAAGAAGAGAUUCCUGAGCCACUCACCUAUCUGGAACUUCUCCUUAACAUAACCAAAGAUAUAGACAAUCACCAUGCGAAGCUGCUGAACCCAUGAAAAUUGGGGUAAGGAAAUAAUAAUAAGAAUGAUAAUAAUAAUUGUUAUUAAUGAAAAUAAUAAUAAUCUAUAAACCUAAUAAUAAGAGCCAAAAAAGUUGAACUCCCUAACAGAAACUAAAAAAAUGUUUGGUGUAAUUGUUUAUUAAAAUGAAUGGUUCAUAUUAUUUUGA